AGUAAAGUUCCAAUCCUUAUUGAUGGGGCACAUGCACUGGGAUCCUUAGAUCUGCAAUUAAGAAGCUUCUGUCCAGACUAUUACGUGAGCAACUGCCAUAAGUGGUUCUGUUGUCCCAAAGGGAGUGCCUUUAUGUACGUCAAGGAAGAGCGACAACAACAAACCAGACCGCUUGUUAUUUCCCAUGGAUUUGGGUCAGGCUUCAACUCAGAAUUCAUUUGGACAGGUUUACAUGACUAUAGUCCCUAUUUGGCUAUUCAUGUUAUGAUUAAUUUCUGGGAGGCUGCUGGCAAAGAAAAGAUUCUUAAUUAUAUGCAUCAUCUCCGCAAAGAAGCAUCCGAUGUUUUAAUGAAGAAAUGGGGAACAAAGUUACCUGUACCCGAUGAAUUAUUAGGUAGUAUGUGCCUUGUGCAGCUUCCUCCAGCCUUAUAUGAAGAUUAUCAAGACGUGGAAUAUUCGCUAGCUGAACGGAUUCAGAACACUUUAUAUCAUAAGUAUAGCAUCGAGGUUCCGAUAAAGGCAGUUCAGGGGAAACUCUACGUUAGGAUUUCAACUCAUAUAUACAACUUUAUUUCUGAAUAUCUGAAACUUGGAAAUGCAAUACUUGAAAUAAAAUCAUCUUGAAAUACAG